AUGGACAUAACGUGCCUAAUUAAUCGUGGGCCGUCGAGCUACGUGCUCACCGUGUCUGGCGACCACAAACUGGAAGACCUAAAGGAUGCAAUGGCAGCACACUCAUCGCUGCAGUUUGUUGAACACGACGCUAUCCUGCAGGUGCAUCACAAAACUUUCAACACAUUUGUAAAUGUGGAUGAGAACACCACACUAGAAGACAACUGCAUCAUUAGGGUUCUUGAUGUAUGCAUAAUUGCUGACGGAUCAUCAGAGGAAGCCGUAAGCCUGAAUUCCUCGCUCAGUAGUGAUGCCAUCUCAUGCAAUGAGGUGACCACUGUGAUCUCCAGCUCACAAUGCAACAGUGCAAAAGGAAGGCUGCAGUUUUCCUUUCCAAAGACACCCAUUGAUAUAGAUGCUCGUCUGUGCUGCUGCAGACAGACAGAGGUCCCAGAGAAUCUCCGACGAAGAAUAGUUGAUUGGUUAUGGUUUGAACUCUCUCAGUACACAUUGUACCCUGGCCGUCUGUAUGAUACAGCUGCGAGGGAGCUUGUUCAGCGCUAUCCUCAGCUAAGAGAUGGCUUUGGUGAUGGACAUAUGUCAUGGCAGACAGCAUUAAGGUACAAGGGAAAAAACACUCGCAAGAAAUUGCCUGCAGGCAUUAAAGAAGUGGAUGAGCUGCGGGAAAAAGUGAAAAGGCGCAAAGCUUCAAGCACGUGCGAGGAAGACAGCAAUACUAAAACGGCCAAGGUCCAUGUAAGAAAGUCUUCUUUCUGGAACGGUGCUUUCAAUGAAGGGGAAGACGAGAAGAGCACUGAAGCACAUAUUGACAUAAUGAAGAAGGAGAUGCGCGUGGCCGGUGGGAAUGCAGACAAGAUCCGAGAGUCUAUGCAUAAGACUUUUCGCAAGCGUAGGACUUUCAUAGAAGUGGAAAAGCCAGCCGUCACAGAUUUGCUCCAGAUAUACCCAGCAUUGAGUCUUGAAAGAGAGCUGCUGAACGAGUUCCAUCGGCUGACAGGUGUGAAUGCAAAAGAAAGAAUAAAUGCGUUUGUGGAGAAAUAUGGUCAGAGAAUCUUGGCACUGGCACCCAAGAAAAAACGCCCACUGGGAGAAGACCCGGACGACGCUUAUUACUAUACUGUAUCUGUGCUGAUGUCCCUGCCUCGUUUGGCCAAGGAAGACCCCAGUGCCAUUAUUGCACAGCUGGUGCCUGGGGAAAGCCACAUGUACCCGAAGAUUUUACACUCUGCAGAGCACCCGGCGACGUCCUCAGCUCUUCUUGUUUCAUUUGAGACAUUGCAGCUCACAGCUGUGGACGUGGUAGAUGGGUUUGCCUUGCUUUUGGCAGUGUUCUGGGCUUUUAAUGUCCAGUACACGCCAAAGGGAAGGCGAACUUGUCUUCUGUUGGAGGCCCUGAUGGGCCUUGAACCCACUGCUGUUGCACCUAGUAUCGUGCAGGUAGCAACGUCAGUCAUGCGGGAAGCUAGUUAAGUGCCGUAUGGCUCAGAAUGGUUCACAUUGUCAGUGAGUGAGAAACUUAUGACAGAAAUAUUUAUUUAUUUAUUUUUGUUCCUGUGUUCCGCAAUAAAAGAAAUAUUUGUGGAAAUAAAUAUUAUGUUACUUUAGUCAAA